AAGGGGAGCGACCCAGAGGGAUCUCACAUUAAUGAAACGCCAGUAUAGAAGCUGUUUGUGAAGGAGGUACCCCCGUGACCCCUGUGAUAGAAUGGCCGGCUUCUUGGACAACUUCCGAUGGCCUGAAUGUGAGUGCAUCGACUGGGGAGAAAAGCGGAACACCAUCGCUUCGGUGGUUGCAGGCGUAUUGUUUUUCUCAGGUUGGUGGAUUAUGAUCGAUGCUGCAGUGUGCUACCCUGACCAGAAACAGCUCAACCAUGCGUUUCACACCUGCGGGGUUUUCUCUACAGUGGCGUUCUUCAUGAUAAAUGCAGUGUCCAAUGCGCAAGUGAGAGGAGACAGUUACAGUGAUGGCUGUAUGGGGAGGACAGGUGCCCGAAUAUGGCUCUUCAUUGGCUUCAUGUUGAUGUUUGGAUCGCUCAUUGCUUCCAUGUGGAUACUCUUUGGUGCUUAUGUCACACAAGGACUCAAUGUCUACCCAGGCCUAGCUGUGUUUUUCCAGAACGCUUUAAUAUUUUUUAGCACACUGAUCUACAAAUUUGGAAGAACGGAAGAGUUAUGGUCAUAAAUGUUCAUUUGUUUGGAAGACUCAUCAACUUUUCCUUCUCCUCCGUGAAUAUUAUUUUAUACACUUGCCAGUCUACCUAGCCUCUUUAUCUACAUUGUUAUCCCCCCCAUCUGUAUAUAAUUAUUGCCAUAGACUGUAGCAGAAAAGAGGAUAAUGUAUAGUAUUAAAAAAAGAUCAUUUAUAGUAGAGAAGUUAUUUUUGAGGUGUGGGUAAUUCAUCAUCUGAUCUAAUCCCUUUGGGGCUGAGAGAAUUCUAGGGUUUUAUUUUGUUUCUCAGUAAAGAUCAAUUUCUUUCUGUAUGUCUUGGGGAUUUUUCUCUUUGCCCCCUAUGUACCGUGUUUAUUGCUCAUUACUAGUGAUAUAACAAGGAUAUAGCGGAUGAGUACGCAGGCGUAGAUCUCCCAUGCCAUAAAUACCCGAUCUUUGUACUGUCAUUUUUCCACAUUGCACCUUAUCUCUGCAGAGUUCUAUAUAUUUGAGGCUGUUUUUCAUAUAAGGGAAAAUUCUUUUCCUCCAUUGUGAGGUGCAUCUCUGCUUGGUGUUUAUGUGCGUAGGCUUUUUAAAAUAGACAGGGGUUAACCAAGCUUUAACUAAUGAGGGAAUAAAACUGUUGUUUCCCCAAUGAUGGAACCACAACAAAAUGUAAGUGAAAUGUCCCUCGAUAUAAAGCAAAGUUCACAUAUCCCACUUGAUUUAUAAUAAAUCCGCUCGGUACAUUCCCCUACUUGAGCUUAUUUUCCCUUUGGUAGGUAACAUGCAAUGUGCAGACUUUCCACCCAUUGUUGCUCUCAUGAGUUGGAGGCACAGAGUAGGGGGAAAAUGCAAAAGAUUAUUUUCCGCCCCUCUGUCAAAAAAAGCCAAGCGAGUCACUGGUAUACUCAUUAUUUUUCCGUUAUUGAUAUUUUAAA